GCGAGAGGGACACGAUUUCAAAGUAUUACAAAACACGUGGACGAAGCUAACUGAAUGAGGUGCGUAUUUGAAUCGAAGAAGAUUAAGUCGUUACAGGGCCGCAAGAAAGAGAUGCACGUGAAAUGAUUUGAAAACUACGUGUAAUGAUAAGAAAGAGGUUGACUGACAAGAGCCCCAGCCGCCAACAACGGUCACAGCUAUGGCGGAGUUGCACCACCAUCGGAACACUGAAGCAAAUCCACGCCUCCAUGAUCGUCAAGGGCUUCAACUCCAACACCUCUGCUCUCAGAGAGCUCAUUUACGCCAGUUCAAUCGCCAUUUCGGGCACCAUGGCUUACGCACAUCAAUUGUUCCCUCAUAUUACUGAACCAGACACCUUCAUGUGGAACACUAUGAUCAGAGGAUCUGCUCAGAGCCCCAUUCCUUUAAACGCUAUUUCUCUAUAUAGCCAGAUGGAAAAUGGGUGCGUGAGGCCUGACAAGUUCACGUUUCCUUUUGUGCUCAAGGCUUGUACUAGGCUUUGUUGGGUGAAGAUGGGGUUUGGGGUUCAUGGGAGGGUUUUCAGACUCGGGUUUGAAUCGAACACAUUUGUGAGGAAUACUCUUACAUAUUUUCAUGCCAAUUGUGGGGACUUGGCGGUGGCGAGGGCGCUGUUUGAUGGUUCGGCGAAGCGGGACGUUGUGGCAUGGUCGGCUUUGACUGCGGGUUAUGCAAGGAGAGGGGAGCUGGGGGUUGCUAGGCAGCUUUUUGAUGAAAUGCCGGUGAAGGAUUUAGUUUCUUGGAAUGUUAUGAUAACAGGGUAUGCAAAAAGGGGGGAGAUGGAGAGUGCUCGGAAACUUUUUGAUGAAGUCCCUAAGAGGGAUGUUGUAACUUGGAAUGCGAUGAUUGCAGGGUAUGUGCUUUGCGGGUCUAAUCAGCAGGCUUUGGAGAUGUUUGAGGAGAUGAGGUCCGUGGGAGAAUUGCCUGAUGAGGUGACCAUGUUGAGUCUUUUGUCGGCUUGUACUGAUUUGGGAGAUUUGGAUGCUGGGCAGAGGAUACAUUGCUGCAUUUCAGAGAUGGGUUUUAGGGAUUUGAGUGUUCUACUUGGGAAUGCACUUAUAGACAUGUAUGCAAAGUGUGGGAGCAUUGUGAGAGCACUAGAAGUGUUCGAAGGGAUGAGAGAGAAAGAUGUAUCAACUUGGAACUCCGUAUUAGGUGGAUUAGCUUUCCAUGGUCAUGCUGAGAAAUCAAUUCAUCUGUUUACUGAGAUGCGGAAGCUGAAGAUUAGGCCAGACGAGAUCACUUUUGUUGGAGUCUUGGUUGCUUGUAGUCAUGCUGGAAGAGUUGAAGAGGGUCGUCAAUAUUUUGAUCUUAUGAUUGAUGAGUAUAAUAUUGAACCAAACAUAAGGCAUUAUGGGUGUAUGGUGGAUUUGCUAGGGCGUGCUGGGCUAUUGAACGAAGCAUUUGAUUUUAUAGACACAAUGAAGAUCGAACCCAAUGCCAUUGUGUGGAGGACUCUGCUUGGAGCUUGUAGAAUUCAUGGAAAUGUUGAAUUAGGGAGACGAGCAAAUAUGCAGCUACUCAAAAUGAGACAUGAUGAGAGUGGGGAUUAUGUAUUACUUUCUAACAUAUACGCCUCGCGAGGAGAAUGGGAUGGGGUUGAGAAGGUGAGGAAAUUGAUGGAUGACAGUGGGGUGAGGAAAGAGGCUGGUUGUAGCUUAAUUGAAGGAGAUAACAAAGCUCUCAUGCAUUUCUUGUUUGAUUCAAAACCCAAGUUGAAUUCAAGAAAGCCAUUCCUUGAGCUGCAUAGAGUAAUGCAAACCAAGAGACACACAUGCAUGCACUGAUCAUAGGAAGCCAUGAUCAUCAUGCCAUAUCAACAGCGAGAAAUGGACAGCUGACAACAAUAGUGCCAUGCAACAUCAACAGCGGGAAAGGGCAACAGCAGACAACAAUACUAGCAGUAUAAACAAAAUAAUUCCUCCAAAAGAUCCAAUCAAAGAGCCAGAGAUGCGCUCACAGAAGGAAUUGAAUUGUUGGCAGAUGGCAAACCAGUUCGCCUGAGCAUUGCCCUUGUGCGCCAAGUAGACAAUGGCUGAUGCUGCAGAAGCUGCAGCCGUCAAUAGAGCAAGCAUUGCCUUCACAAUGGUAAACUCACUUUGGUAAGAGAACUUAGCAAGUAUAUGCAUGAACUACUUUGAAACUUAGAAGCUAAGAACAGUGUUUUUUAGAAGCCACUUCACUCCUACCUAUGCUUAGUUCAAUUUCAUGACAAACAUCAUGUGUUUAUCAGAUAGUUCUGUUUUCUCUCCAUGUAUUGUAAAACUUUUUGUUGGAAAUUAUCAAGCUUGCUGGUGAUAUUGAA